UUACUUCACUUUGUAUUGUAACUUUUGGUACCUUCGGAGUUCCGACCGAUUUUAGGGAAAUUACUAUAAAUUCUAGUUUUUAGAACCAAUUUGAUGAUCUCACUAUAUUGUCAAUUAAAAUGAUAUAUAAAUAUUAAACCAGAGUAAAUUUUUUAAACUUGUGAAAUCGUCAAGGUAUAUAGUUACGGUUGACGCCAAGAUGACUAUAAUUUAUUGUCAGGAAGAAUGAAGAAUUGCUCCAAAGAAGCAUCAACGCAAUUCUUCUUUUUUCGCCUACAACAAAAAAUAUCUAGAAAAUGUUGUGAAAAAUGAAUUUAACAAUAAGAAAUGUUUUUUCCUGCUUAUUUCUUCGACCCUGGCUAGGAGUGCCACUUGGACUUUGGAUUGCAGUUUCAGUAAUUUAUUAUUGGUGGUUAAUUUCAAGAAUUAAUAUACUUGAAACACAAAAUGUUGUGUUUAAGAAACAACUUCAAAUUUCUCAUUCUGUUAUGCGUCAAUUGUCUGCAGAUACUGAAGUAACAUAUAGUAUUCCUCAGAUAGCUGAUGUUGCUGGAACAAUAUGUGAAACCGUGCAUGUAGCUCUUGUCUGCAUGGGUAAAUGUUCUAGGAAUAUCACUCCGAUGCUUAAGUCUCUGCUUCACCAUCGACAAAAUCCAUUACACUUUCAUAUAAUAGUUGAUAACAUGUCUGAGCAUACAAUUAGUACACUUUUUGAUAUGUGGGAUUUACCAGAUGUGAAAUAUACUUGGUACAAUGCCCAGAACCGACUAGCAGAAGUCCGUUGGAUACCAAACAGUCACUAUUCAGGAAUAUAUGCACUAGUCAAAUUGUUGUUUCCCAGUAUCUUGCCAAAUAGUCUUAGACAAGUCAUAGUUCUUGAUUCAGAUUUGACCUUUCUGUGUAAUAUAGCUGAGUUGUGGAGUAUGUUCAGGAAUAUGACUGGUGAUCAGUUUAUAGGUCUAGUAGAAAACGAAAGUAAUUGGUAUUACGAUAAAACGAAGCGGUGGCCGGCAUUAGGGCGUGGCUAUAACACGGGCGUAAUGUUGUUGAAUCUCCAUAAACUACGUACGAUCACGGAUUGGACGUUCGUAUGGCAUGAUACCAUUAAUGAGAAUCUUGCUCAGCUCCAACAGACAACGUUGGCUGAUCAGGAUGUAAUAAACGCAAUCAUAAAGAAAAAUCCAAAUUUCGUCUACAAUAUAAGUUGUCAGUACAAUGUUCAGAUGUCCAUGAAGACAUUGGCAAAGGGCUGUUACGGCGAAGAUGUUAAUAAUGUUAAGAUAAUCCAUUGGAACUCCCCAAGCAAAUAUAAUGUACGAAUUCGCGACUCGGACUAUUUCAAAAACAUUCAUUUGUCAUACGUUAAUUUUGACGGAAAUCUUUUGAGGGAGAAACUGCACAGAUGCUCUGAGAGUGAAGUUGUUACUUACAAGAUGAAUCAAUCGGAUCUAUGUCUAAGUUUUCGCGCGGCACAACGUGUCAAACUGCGCACCCACCUCUAUUACAUGGACUACAGCUACUCUAGUGUCGAUGGUUUUGACGUCACUCUUGUACUGCAAUUGUCUAUGGACAGACUGCAGUUUUUGGAACGAUUAGUUAAAUAUUGGGACGGCCCCCUCAGUGCUGCCAUCUAUUUGUCGGAUUGUGAAGUGACGAAACUGGAAAGCUUCAUCCGCGAUUGGUCUGAAACCCUAAGCUUUCGAAAGAACAUCGGAUAUCAUCUUGUUUUUAAACAUGAUUCGGUGCAUUACCCAGUGAACUAUCUACGUAAUGUGGCUCUCGAGAAUGUGAAAACGCCCUAUGUGUUUCUUAUGGACGCGGAUUUCGUCCCGAUGGCCGGCCUUUAUGCCCAUUUGAGAGCCGCUAUCAAAUUGAUUAACCCGUAUCCGCAGAAAAAGUGUUUAGUAGUCCCAGCAUUCGAGACACAGCGGUAUCGUGCGUCAGUCCCACGGUACAAAGGCGCAUUGUUGGCACGGCUUUCGUCCCGUGGGGACGUGGGACCAUUCCGGGCCAGAGAAUGGCCCAGGGGACAUCGCGCUACCAAUUACACGAGAUGGGCUAACGCUACUGCGCCCUACGAGGUGGAAUGGCAAUCUGAUUACGAACCGUAUUUAGUAGCGCAUAGAUCAGUUCCUAAAUACGAUACGAGGUUCUCUGGAUUUGGUUGGAAUAAGGUAUCUCACAGCGUAGAGCUCAAGGCUCAGGGCUACAGACUGACAGUGUUGCCAGAUGCAUUCGUUGUGCACACUCCACACGCGCCUUCACCUGACAUCACUGCCUUCAGGGCGGAUCCACAUUAUCGAAUAUGCUUAUCACUUCUUAAACAGGAGUUCCUAGAUGACUUAAGGAAGCGUUAUAAUGUCACCUUUGACAAAGCCAAAGAUUCGCCUUUCAUGGCUCAAGCUAAGAGUCUUCUUUUAAAUCAGAAAAAUGAUUAAAUACCAAAGAGCAAUGUGACCAGUAUUUACCUGUUGUAUUUUUUUAUUAGACUAAUCAAUUGUUUAUAAUAAAAAUACAUAAGAAUCUCUUGGAUAACGUAGUUUAUUACGUGAUUUUUAUGACAACGAAAGUACACUUAUAUUAUGUUGUGUUCAUUUUACAAAAAUCAUAGUUGGUUUAAUAGUUAAUUUGUUUAAGUUUUAAUGCCCGUUUUACGAUUACUUACAUAAUAUGAGAAAAUUACGUUCUAAAGUGACCAUCUUAUAGUUUUACUUUAUUAAACUUGUAUAUAUCUAAAUGGACAUCAUUACAAUAAUAUUUACACUUUAGAUUUCCGAUACAAUUUUUUCCACACGAAUUCUAUUCGAACAAUACAUAAAUACAAUACAAUAUAUACAAUAAUAUAAAAAGAUUGUUAUUAUUAGAAGCUUAACUUAAAAGAUGUGAAAACGGGCAUUCAAAUAGAAUAUGGCUGGCCAUAGAUUUAUUUUUGCACGCCUUUACAUAAUUUUAAAUCAUAUUUUCUUAAUUUUAUAUACUCAGUAAAGCAUAAUAUUUUUGAAAAAUCGUUCCUUUUAAACCAAAUUAUUUUAAGGAUAUUUCCUAUUUGCUUUUGUGUAACCAAAGCUUGUCACGCGUACCUCCUAUAUUUUAAGAAUAUACAUGUAUUAUUUUAAAUUAUCAAUAAAUAAAUUACAAUUUUA